GAAAGGGAUAAAAGAAAUGAUUGAGAGUAUAUUAAAUCCUGAUUUGAUUGAAGAGGAAAGGGUCGCACAAGAACUUCCUGAAAUAGAUGUGAAGCGGUACCAAAUUAGAAGAGAAACGAUCUCAACUUUAAAGGGAAAACUUGCCAUGUGCAAUGCAGGGACUUGGUUUGCGAAGCUAAAACUUCAAAAUGGAAUGAGAAACUUCCGAGACUUAGAAAACGUAGAGCUGCAACAUUAUGAAGAUGUUGAUGCGGAAGAAGAAGCAGAAGUUUCCGAGGGUGAAUCGUCGUCCGAUGACGAAGAAAAUAAAAUGGACGAAUAAAUAAAAUACUUUCCUGAGAAAUUAUAUUCAAUGUAUGUAUAUAACAAUUUUAGAAGCUUCGGUGAAUUAAAGAAUAUAAUUGGAACAGCACAAGGCAGUAGAGAAAUUAUUCCAAGGUCAAUACAACAUUAAAAUAGCAUUCGGUGUAUAAUUAAGAAUAAUGUU